GCGUUCUUACUACCAUUUUUCUCCCGUAUACGUUCGUCCCCGCCGCGAUCGCGGACGUUCACGCUUCGUCUCGCUCGCGAAGGAUUCGUCCUCGUCGCGCCGCGGUCAUGAAUCCUUUUUUCUCGAGCGUGAAGAAGCCGCGAUUGCGUCGCGGGACGAGAGGCGGUCAUAACAGAACCGAUUUGAAGUGCGCGUCGCGUACCCGCGCGCAGUGCUGCGCGCAGUGCGACGCGCGAUUCUCUCUCUCCCCCCUUCUUCGCUGACCGGCGUACCAACUGUCGGGCGACGAACGCCGACCUAACCUCGAUUGUAAACAUGUGAGCACGAGCCGCACAUCGCGCGACUCGCAACGCGCACCAAGGAUAUUUUUUGUUCUGCUCGCGGCACAUUUUAUCGCAGUACUAAUCGUCCCGCUAGUUAACGUGCGACGCCUCGCGCGAUUCAGUCGGAGGUUCGGCGGAGACGCGGCGUGACCGGUUAGGUUAGGUUAACCGAGGCGCGCCGGGAUGCGUUCGACGUGGCAGUAAUCGGCCCCCGCGUCUCGCGCGCAGUUUUAUUUAACUCUAACGAGCCUCGCGGACACCCAGGCACGUUCGCGAGGCGACCAUGGGUCGCGUGUCCGGGCGCAAUCGCGUCUACUUGAAUUACAAGACGCUGAUGUAUUCGACGUUGGUUGUAAUUUUUACGAGCACGGUACUGCUUUUCCUGUACCUGAAUCGUAUCCAACCGGAUUAUUUCAUCGACGAGGCUUUCCACGUACCCCAGACGCUGCGGUACUGCGCGCGGAACUUUACGCAGUGGGAUCCGAAAAUCACCACCUUGCCGGGCUUGUACCUCAUCGCCACCGCGAUAUUGUCGCCCUUUAACCUCUGCGACGUCGCGCACAUGAGAUGCGUGAACCUACUUGGGACGUGCGUGAAUCUCUAUCUCUUUUACAAUAUUAUAAAGAGGAGCCGCGGGUCCAACGAGACGGACCGGCGGAACGAUUGGCUGACGCUCGCGACGGCGUGCAAUCUCGCCCUUUUCCCGCCGUUGUACUUUUGGUGCUUCUUUUAUUACACGGACGUCGUGUCCGUGAACGCGGUGCUGCUAAUGUUGUAUCUGCACCAACGUGAGCGCACGACGGCGGCGGCCCUCGCAGGUUUGCUAGGCGUGCUCGUCCGCCAGACGAAUGUCAUUUGGCUCGGUUUCUUUACCAUAGAACGCGCAUUAGAUUUAUUCGAGCGCAGGAUGGAGCAGCCCGUCCCGCCCGGCGUGCUCAGCACACCCUCGCACAUUCGCCUAAUUUGGAGGCAGAUAGUGUACGAAUCGCGCAUAGGUCCGCUCUCCCUCGCCAGGUUCGUCGCGCGGAUAUGCGGCGGCCUGCUCCCCCACGUGACGGUGUGCCUCGCGUUCGUCGCCUUCGUCGCGUGGAACGGCGGCAUCGUCGUCGGCGAUCGCACCGCCCACGUCGCGACGGUCCACCUCUGCCAGUUGCUCUACUUCGCCGCCUUCGUUUCUCUCUUCUCGUGGCCGUACGUGUUGCCCCACUGGCGAGCGUGCACGCGGCUCCUUCGUCGCCGCUGGAUCCUCGCGGGCUGCGCCGUCGCGCUGAUGGCCGCGACGGUGCGUCUCAACACGCUCGUUCACCCGUACGUUCUGGCCGACAACCGGCACUACUGGUUCUACGUGUGGAAUCGAUUCCUGGGCCGGCGCGCGGCCUUCAGGUACCUGCCGAUACCGGUCUACGCCGCGAGCCUGUUCGCCAUGUCGCGGAACGUCGCCCACCUGCGGUUCCUCACGCAGAUUAACUACGUUCUCUGCGUGUGCGCGGUCCUGGUACCCCAGCUACUGGUGGAACCGCGUUACUUCAUCCUGCCGUACGUAUUUUACCGUUUGAACAUGAAAAGGCCGGAAGGGUGGCAGGUCUGCUGCGAGUCGCUCACGACCCUCGCGAUCAAUUGCGCGCAAUUCGUCAUCUUCGCCAACAAAGUGUUCUACUGGGAGGAUCAGCCCUACGCCCAGCGAAUUUCUUGGUGAGAACGCGACGCGAUGUACGAGAUGAAAGGGGAUUCUAUCGCGACGUGUAGAGUAUCCGACGCCUUCCUCGCCGCGGUUUCUCCUUCCACGUCGCCGAUUCGGUGAGGUAAGACUGAAAGGGGACGGGAUUAUUAAGGAGAGACGGUCUCACUUCGAACAACAGUUUAUUGUUCGUAACUGAAACUUGUGGCAAAACUGCUAGAUGGUUUCUUUUGUACAGCAACAGCUUGUCAAUUUGUAAUUUCACGGCACGUAAUAUUAUCGUCAGCGCACAGUAUAUUAAACGUGUUCGAUCGACGACCGAGAACUUUUUAUACCUCCUAGUAUUUUUUUUAUUACGCUCCUCCGUAUCGUUAUCUUGCCGUUAUACUAUCGGUUUCCUUAUCGAAUAUAAAUGUUGCGCGUAACGGUGCGGUAAAAGGUACCGAGAUGCAAGUCGCGAACCUUCGUCACUUAUUCUAGACCUCUUUUCUCUUAUUUACAGCGACGAGCUGUGUCUCGAGAAAAGGCCCGACGCCUUUUCUCCGCCGAAAACGAGAGUAAAAAUAGGUAAAACUUAGAUCUUCCGCAAAGAAACGGUAUUGUACAAUUUUAAGCCUGUACUCUGAAUUGUUUUUCUUUUUGUUGCGAAUACGCUAAAUCGAAAAGACGCAUUAAAGUAAGGCGUAACGUAACGGUAGAAAAUAGCGAGGGAAGUAUACGUGCACUGUAAUUCUCUCACAAAUCCACGAAAAAAGUGCUCCCAUCCUCUCCGAUUCUUUCAGACCUGGGUGUGAUACGACUACGCGUACGUAAAGAUUAAUCAUUUCGUUUCGAAACAAAGAUGUUGUAUGUACAACUUCCGGCUUACGCAUACACACUCGGCCUCGGGAUCGCCGGAAAUUUGAGCAUUGCCCGCGACGGAGGCGUCUCGUUGUCCGCCCGUAUCAUCGUAUAGAACCGAUACUACAAAAUAAUCGCAUAUAUCACAAACGGCCUCGCAUCAACGCGCUAAGUACUCUCUAGGAUUUCUCAAAAUUAAAAACUAACUUUUAUUACCGCCCCUACGUAAUUUGACGAAACAAAGGAUAAUCGUUCACCUAUCUACUUCUCUCCCCAUCCCCCCGGCCCCUCAUUUUGUCUCGCUUCUCUCUUUCUCUCUACAACCUAGCUGCGCGAGAAUCGCGCGUAUUGCUUGUCGUAAGUUUAUUGCGGACCGUAUCCGUAUAAAACAAUCUGAAACGUAAAUAUCGUAAAUAUCCUCUGUACACAAACCUCUCCGCGCAUUCCGGCGGGAUAUGUGAAUGGGGAAAGAUCUAAAUGCCGUCCCGCUUUCGACAUCCGAUCAAUUUCUAAUUAGUGCAGUUAUCCUAUAGAUAUAUUAUGUAUAUAUGCUACAGCUUCUCGAAAUUUUUGGUGUCAUAAUGACAAUAUAUAUAUAUAUAUAUAUAUAAUAUAUAUCGUAUAGGACAUAGCGAUUAGAUUAUUAUCAUCCACGCGCUGGAAUUACGUCUAUCGCUAUAAAGCGUUCACAUGCUAGGUAAAAGUAGAUGAAGUAGAGCACUUUCGGAAAUCAAAGUGUCGUGGGAAAUUAUUGGGGACUCUUGGGAAAAUAUUUCAAAUUAGCGCCCUGUUCUAACGAAUGAACGCGAAAUUGUCCGACAUCGACUUCAAAGACGUACGGUCGAGAGCACUAGAUAUAUGUUUAUAUAUGGAUAUAUAACGCUACAAGGAUAUGAAAUUUGACAAGAAAGUAACUCUUCUUGUUAGUUUCCCGCAGUCUUCCGUGCGUUCGUACAGCAGAACUCGUAAUGCCCGAACUAAUCGAAGCUGACUUGAUACCGUGAACUUGGGUCGGCCAACUUUGUUUCAUAUUUGUUUAUACUCUGUGCAAAUACUUAAAAAAUUCACCUUAAAAUUUACAUACCACGGGCGUUUUUAUGUUAAGGUAAUUUUGCGCAGUGAGAUCAAAUACCGAAAAACAUAUCGCCCCAAGUUCGCGGUAAUAUUCUGUUCCACGACUAACCGCUACUUCGCGCAACUAAUUUUUAAUAACUUUUUAAAUGCGUAAGUUUGAGAGUAACCGCGUUAUCCUCCGUUUAAAUAAGUCGCAACGAUACAAGUAAAGCUGCGGGAAAUUGGACAAAAUUGUACAUUUACUCUGAAUGUUGGUCGAAUGUUCAUAGCGAUAUGUUGUAUCAAUGAAAAGUGUUCGGAAUCGAGGUUCCGCUGUACAACCGUGAUACGAUACUUCGACGAUUCUGACGAAGCCGUCGAGUCAGGCAAUCGAAACCGAUUCUCUCGAUUUCGCACUCAGUGCACGCCUCCCUUAUCUCCUAGCAUUUUUUUUCUUCUUCUUCCCUUUAAUACUAUCUAACUCGCGCCAACUGUAUUGUGCAAGAGGAGUCAAACGUAGCUUUAAAUAUUACAUGCCUCUCUAGGAAGUACACGUUUCCUACGCACACGCACGCAAGUACAUUGGUAACGGAAACGCCGCUCGUCGGUUUGAUUAUAAUUCGCUAUUUUGUUUAUGACCCGUAAGUCCCAGUCUACAAUGGAGAUUUAAAUCCUAAGCCUUAAGAAAUUGACUAAUCACAGUCGCGUA